AUGGGGCCGCCCCCGACGCCCCCAGCCCCGACCCCUCCCGCCAACCCCUCGCCCGGCCCGGGGGCGCUCCGGCUCCUCCUGCUCCUCCUGCUCCCGCGCUCGGCCGCCUCGGUGGAAGAGACAUUGAUGGAUUCCACCACAGCGACGGCCGAGCUCGGCUGGACGGUGCACCCGGUUUCAGGGUGGGAGGAAGUGAGCGGCUACGACGAGAACAUGAACACCAUCCGGACGUACCAAGUUUGCAACGUCUUCGAAUCCAGCCAGAACAACUGGCUACGGACCAAAUACAUCCGCCGGCGGGGUGCCCAUCGGAUUCACGUGGAGAUGAAGUUCUCCGUCCGUGAUUGCAGCAGCAUCCCCAAUGUGCCGGGGUCUUGUAAGGAAACCUUCAACCUUUACUACUACGAGUCGGAGUUUGACGGCGCCACCAAGAGCUUCCCCAGCUGGAUGGAGAACCCUUGGGCCAAGGUGGACACCAUCGCGGCCGACGAGAGCUUCUCCCAGGUCGACCUGGGUGGGCGGGUGAUGAAGAUCAACACCGAAAUCCGGAGUUUCGGGCCCGUCUCCAAAAAUGGAUUUUAUUUGGCCUUCCAAGAUUACGGGGGUUGCAUGUCUCUGAUUGCCGUCCGCGUCUUUUACCGCAAGUGCCUACGCGUCAUCCAGAACGGCGCCAUCUUCCAAGAGACGCUGUCGGGCGCGGAGAGCACCUCUCUGGUGGCGGCCAGGGGCACGUGUAUCCCCAACGCCGAGGAGGUGGAUGUGCCCAUCAAACUGUACUGCAACGGUGACGGCGAGUGGCUGGUGCCCAUCGGGCGCUGUAUGUGCAAGUCCGGUUACGAGUCGGUGGAGAACGGCACCGUCUGCAGGGGAUGCCCAUCCGGGACGUUCAAAGCCAACCAGGGGGACGAGAGCUGCGUCCACUGUCCGAUCAACAGCCGUACCACGUCCGAAGGUGCCACCAACUGCGUCUGCCGGAACAGCUAUUACCGCGCUGACUCGGACCCGCUGGAAAUGCCGUGCACCACCAUCCCUUCGGCCCCGCAGGCCGUCAUUUCCAGCGUGAACGAAACCUCUCUGAUGCUGGAAUGGACCCCUCCUCGGGAUUCGGGGGGCCGCGAGGACCUGGUUUACAACAUCAUCUGCAAGAGCUGCGGCUCGGGGCGCAGAGCCUGCACCCGCUGCGGGGACAACGUCCAGUUCACGCCGCGCCAGCUGGGCCUGACCGAGCCACGGGUGUACAUCAACGACCUCUUGGCCCACACGCAAUACACCUUCGAGAUCCAGGCGGUGAACGGCGUCACAGACCAGAGCCCCUUCUCCCCCCAGUUUGCCUCCGUCAACAUCACCACCAACCAGGCGGCUCCGUCGGCGAUCUCCAUCAUGCAUCAAGUCAGCCGGAUGGUGGACAGCAUCACCCUCUCGUGGUCUCAGCCGGACCAGCCCAACGGGGUCAUCUUGGAUUAUGAGCUCCAGUAUUAUGAGAAGGACCUGAGCGAGUUCAAUGCCACGGCGGUGAAGAGCUUCACCAAUACGGUGACGGUGCCAAACCUCAAGGCCGGAACCAUUUACGUCUUUCAGGUGCGAGCUCGCACAGUGGCCGGCUACGGACGCUACAGCGGGAAAAUGUACUUCCAGACGAUGACGGAAGCUGAGUAUCAAACCAGCAUCCAGGAGAAACUGCCUUUGAUUAUCGGUUCCUCAGCCGCAGGGCUGGUCUUCCUCAUCGCCUUGGUGGUUAUCAUCCUGGUUUGCAACAGACGGCAUGGGUUUGAGCGCAACGACUCGGAGUACACCGACAAGCUGCAGCAUUACACCAGCGGCCACAUUACUCCGGGGAUGAAAAUCUACAUCGAUCCCUUCACCUACGAGGAUCCCAACGAAGCCGUCCGGGAGUUUGCCAAGGAGAUUGACAUCUCCUGCGUGAAAAUCGAACAGGUGAUCGGGGCAGGAGAAUUUGGCGAGGUCUGCAGUGGCCACCUGAAGUUGCCGGGCAAACGGGAGUCCUUCGUAGCCAUCAAGACCUUGAAAUCGGGCUACACCGAGAAACAGCGGCGGGACUUCCUGAGCGAAGCCAGCAUCAUGGGCCAGUUUGACCACCCCAACGUCAUCCGCCUGGAGGGGGUGGUGACCAAGAGCCCCCCCGUCAUGAUCGUCACCGAAUUCAUGGAGAACGGCUCCUUGGAUUCCUUCCUUCGUCAAAAUGACGGACAGUUCACGGUCAUCCAACUGGUGGGCAUGCUCAGAGGCAUCGCGGCUGGCAUGAAGUACCUGGCCGACAUGAACUACGUCCACCGCGACUUGGCCGCCCGCAACAUUUUGGUGAACAGCAACCUGGUUUGCAAAGUCUCCGACUUCGGUCUCUCCCGCUUCUUGGAGGACGACACCUCGGCCUCGUUUAUUUCCCGCGGCGGUGAAUUGCGUUGA